GCAGUUCGCGGCCCGUUUUUUGCCACCGGUCUCCCCCCCGUCAUCGACGAUUGGAUUUCAUCUUGUGUUGGCUGGGAUUGUGUUUCUGAACGUAUUUUUGACGGUUGCUGGAACUACGACGAACGUAAUGGCGGCUACCGAAAUGUCCUCUGCAAGCGCAGACAACGCAAAACGACAGCAUCCUGGCUCCCAGGUCAACCUGUCAUCCCUCCGCAAGUCCCUCCCACCCCGCGUCUUUGAAAAGUCGCUAGCGCUCUCUAUGGGCUACUUUGUCUUUGACGCUCUCGUCCUCGGCGGCUUGUACCUUGCCUACUCUACAACCCUCUGUAGCAAGGCGUCGUGGUCAGCACUCGAAUGGUGCUUGUAUGCCGUGUGGGUUCAAGCUGUUGGGUUCUUCAUGUGGAGCUUGUUUUGUAUCGGGCAUGACUGCGGACACGGAUCCUUUUCCGAUAGCAAGUCUGUAAAUGCAGUCGUUGGACACCUUUCCCAUGGAUACCUUCUUGUUCCCUUCUGGCCCUGGGCACGCUCCCACGCUCAACACCACGCAUACCAUAACCACAAAGACAAGGACAUGUCGCAUCCGUGGUUAACGCCCGAAGAAGAGACUCCCGGCGCAAAAUUGUUAAAGGACCAGCCGUUUCUGGUCCCCUUUGCAUACGGGUUUGGAUAUAUUUUGGCCGGUAUUCCCGACGGAAGUCACUUUGUACCAUGGAGUCCCCUGUUUAGGAACAACAAGGAGCGGGCGCAGUGCGUCGUCAGUUCUGGCGUUGUAUUCUUGUACUUUGUUGCGUUGAGACUUGUGGCAAAGAAUUGGACCUCUUUUGCUUACGGAUACGCGAUGCCUUGGUUGGUGUACAACGCGUGGCUGUACAUUGUCACCUACCUCCAGCACCACACCGCCGAGACUCGUGUGUACAGCUCGGCCAGCUGGACAUUUACCACUGGCGCCGUCGAAACCGUCGACAGAGAGUACACCCCGUUUGGAUUUCUAGACAAACUUAUGCACAACAUCACCAAUGGACACGUUGUCCAUCACUUGUUUUACACCAGCAUCCCCCAUUAUCGCCUGAUGGAAGCUACACCGGUGGUGGCAGAAACUCUCGGAAAAUCCUACAGACGUGUAGAUGGAUUCCCGUUUUUAGAAUUCCUUAAAUCGCACUGGCACUCGACCCGUGCUCUCCUCACCUGGGUUCCUGAAGAGGGUAUCUGGACCCUUCAGAAACAAGAGAGUCGCAAGAACUUGUAGAUAUCUAUCUAACCACUGAGAAUUAUUUCCUAAAUUAUUAGGGUGGAUGAAUAUGUCAUUCUUUAUUCUGGGUAGCGUCGCGACGUGUGGGAAAUGGUUUUUUUUAUCUAUGUCUUGAUUAGAUGGAGACAUUUGGUGUUCUAGAGCUUGAGUGCGCGAAAUAAAGUUAUUUACGCAUUUUGAAUGCACG